GAAGACUGGACUACCAGAGGAGGUGACUGGAGUUUCAGGACCACAGACCUGGAGCUUUUGUUUUUAUUACACUGGCACCAGUGACAGAGAGGACUGCUGCUGCUGGAGAUGACUGGACUGUCACUGCAGGAACAGCAUCCCUCCUCUUUGGGAACAUUUCUCUGUCCUGAGAGCUUGAGAGUUUGUGGGGAAAGUUUGAUUGAAGAGGCAUAAACAUUGGAGAAUUUCUACCUCAGUCAGGAGUUAGACACGUUCAAAGAGGAUCAGUUGUGGCCCCUGUUGAAUAAAAGCCAUAUUCAUAAAAAAGUCCAGGAUGAAGACUCAUCUCCUCUGCUUGGGGUUACUCCUCUUGACGGGUCACAUCCUCAUGGCCAGUGGGCAGCUGGAGCCAAAGAAACAAAUCCCCCAAGACCCUCUGCCCGUAACCCAGAGACUAGGGCUUGUUGAGAGGGACGUGCAGGGACCUGUGAGGUCCAACAUCACGAUGCCCCGUCGCCGGCUACCUCCUAUGUGCACUGGACCCACGGAAAUCCGGGACACCUUCAAGUACAUCAACACGGUGGUGUCCUGCUUGGUGUUUUUUGUUGGUAUCAUUGGCAAUUCCACUCUUCUGAGGAUCAUCUACAAGAAUAAGUGCAUGCGCAAUGGGCCAAACAUCCUGAUCGCCAGCCUGGCACUCGGAGACUUGCUGCAUAUCAUCAUUGGCAUUCCCAUUAAUGUUUACAAGGUAAGGUAUCGUGCUGUGGCCUCAUGGAGUCGUAUCAAAGGGAUUGGCGUUCCAAAGUGGAUGGCUACUGAGAUAGCUCUCAUCUGGAUAUUAUCCAUCAUCCUGGCUGUGCCAGAGGCAAUAGCUUUUGACAUGAUCACCAUGGACUACAAAGGAGAACACUUGAGGAUCUGCUUGCUACACCCCAUGCAGAAAACCGAGUUUAUGAAGUUUUAUAAAUCAGCAAAGGACUGGUGGCUGUUCAGUGCAUAUUUCUGUCUACCAUUGGCCGUCACAGCUAUUUUCUACACCCUGAUGACCUGUGAGAUGCUGAGGAAGAAGAACGGCGUCCAGAUAGCUCUAAGUGAUCACCUCAAGCAGCGGAGGGAGGUGGCUAAGACAGUGUUCUGCCUGGUUCUGGUUUUUGCUCUCUGCUGGCUGCCUCUCCACCUCAGCCGUAUCCUGAAGCUGACCAUCUACGAUGAGAAAGACCCAAACCGCUGUGAACUUCUCAGUUUCUUUUUGGUCCUGGAUUACAUCGGCAUCAACAUGGCAUCUGUGAACUCCUGCAUCAACCCCAUCGCCCUCUACAUGGUCAGCAAGCGCUUCAAGAACUGCUUCAGGUCCUGCUUGUGUUGCUGGUGUCUACCGGCCGAGAUGUUACUGGACGAGAAACAAUCGUGCAUGAAGCUGAAAGUCACUGAUCGGGCUUCUGACCAGAGCAAUUCCCGCAUGACCAACAAAUCUACCACGGCAUGAGGAGAGACCCAGAAAUGAGAAAGGGGGAGGAGAUAUGAUGACAGCAAAACAAGAACAGAACAACAACAUAUUGAAGUAUAGCGGACUGACUGGGGAGUGCUCAAUCCUGCCUCAUCUAUAACGUCAUCUGAAGUCUCCUGAAACUACUAACAGACAUUCCCUUGGAAAUCAGCCCUCAUUUUAACCUAAAACUCUGAACACUUAUCAUUAUGGGGCGCUGUACACUCUCCUCCAUCCAAGAA